AUGCCCCAUCUCUUCGCCCACACCACGUGUCGCCUCCCCAUCUCACUUUCUCUGAUCGUCGACCAACGCUCACUCAACUCCAUCCCUCCCGCCGUGCACAUCUCCACCUCCGACCUUCCCGGCUACCUCGAGCGCAAGCUCUUCACACUCAACACCGGCCAUGCGUGCACUGCCUCCCUCGGUUUCCUCCUAUCGUCCUCCACCAUCGACGUCCGCGAUUAG